UGAGAUGCAGACACGUUUGGCUUGGAUUGCCUUCGUUUUUUGGUUCCUCAGCGAUGUGGCUGCUUCGAUCUUCUUGGAACCGCGCUGUGGAAACCAUAUCGCACUCAAAAUCAGUGGCGGGUAUAAUGCCGCAUUUCAUCAUUCUGCCUGGAUGGCAGCUGUAAACAAUAAGACACAUUUUAUCUGCGGCGGCACGCUGAUUCAUAAGCGAUUCGUUUUAACAGCUGCGCAUUGCAUACAUGGCCAGGACGUCCUAUCGGUUGGUUUGGGUGCCUACCAUAAGAGUCAUCCUGAAGUUCGGAGAGACGUCAUAGAAAAACUAAUGUUCGGCGGGCGUUCUUCUUUUGAAAAUGACAUUGGCCUGCUCAAGCUGUCCAGCAACGUAAUCUUUAAUGCCCAUAUUCGUCCAAUCUGCAUCGUUUUGAACCAGAGUCUGGCCAACCAAAUGCGCAACGUGUCGACCUUCAAAGCCUUUGGAUGGGGAUUCUUACGCGGACGCAAGGAAACCGAUAUUCUCCAGACCAUCACCCUUAAAAAUUUUGAUCGAAAAGAGUGCGAAGUGGAUUUGUCAGUUUAUCUCAGUGAGAAACAGCUAUGCGCUGGUGCACCUCUCGGAGACACCUGUGAAGGCGAUUCUGGUGGUCCGCUGACAAACAAUGUGAAUAUUCGCGAAGUCGGCGAUCGGGAAGUUCAGUUCGGGAUCAUCAGCGCUGGCAAAAGUACCUGCGAUGGACUGGGAGUGUAUGUCGAUGUGAUGAGCUAUGCGGACUGGAUUAAGACGACAAUAGAAAGGCAUUAUACCGAGGAUGAACCACAGUCAUCACCCGUCCCCAAAAUUAAACCCCAGCAGCAAGAUGUGUUUUUGUACAACGACUGUGGCGGCGCCAACAUUGCUGCGAAUUUGAAGGCAGAUAUUUAUGGACUCAAUUUUCGGGCUCAGGGCAUCUUCAUAACACACCAGUUCGUGUUAACCAAUGCAGAACGCUUGCCAAGGAACCCAUCAAACUUGAGGGUAUUUGUGAAGGGAAGGACGCAUUUCUACGAGGUGUAUAGUGUGCUCAGCGUCUUACCGAACGAUCAAAAUGAUGUAGCGUUGCUUAAGCUUAAUCGCCCCGUGGCGACCCGUGGAAGCCCAGCCGGAAUGAAACCCAUAUGUAUGCUGGCGAAUGUAGUAGACCAACAGAGGGCCGCGUCUACUCCACCCUUCACCAUGUUCUUCGAUGCGCCCACUCAUAGACGCAUAUAUGAUGUCAGUGUGGCCCUUGGAAACCCUCACCAAUGCUCAGAAAGAAUCCAGAGACGAAUUGAGUGGAAUAAACUGUGCGUCGAACCUCCUAACAGAAUGAGCCGCAUUGGAAGCGGUAGCUACAUACUGGGGAAGAAGGUAACGAACUCGGGGAAGAUAAUGUUGGUUCUGUUUGGUAUCGUCAGUGAUUCUUCAAAUGGUGUGUACGUCUUCACAAACGUUAUGAAGUUAUCGGAAUGGAUUGCAAAUGCAAUUAGGAUUAACUAACUUUAGAGAUCAACUCGAUAUGCGCUAGCCGAACAUAUAAUCCAAAAAUUAUAUAAUUAAUAAAUGCGACAGUUCAUUUUGGAUGUACUUAACUUUAUUUAUAUGUA